GGUACACCGGCUCCUCCCCUUCAGUCCUGCACCGAUGUACCGGCUCCUCCCCUUCAGUCUUGCACAGGUGUACCGGCUCCUCCCCUUCAGUCUUGCACAGGUGUACCGGCUCCUCCCCUUCAGUCUUGCACAGGUGUACCGGCUCCUCCCCUUCAGUCUUGCACCGGUGUACCGGCUCCUCCCCUUCAGUCUUGCACAGGUGUACCGGCUCCUCCCCUUCAGUCUUGCACAGGUGUACCGGCUCCUCCCCUUCAGUCUUGCACAGGUGUACCGGCUCCUCCCCUUCAGUCUUGCACAGGUGUACCGGCUCCUCCCCUUCAGUCUUGCACAGGUGUACCGGCUCCUCCCCUUCAGUCUUGCACAGGUGUACCGGCUCCUCCCUUUCAGUCUUGCACAGGUCGGCUACUCCCCUUCAGUCUUGCACAGGUGUACCGGCUCUUCCCCUUCAGUCUUGCACAGGUGUACCGGCUCCUCCCCUUCAGUCUUGCACAGGUGUACCUGCUCCUCCCCUGGAACUAGAUUGAAACGUCUUCCUCUGAUGUCACUGCACACUGGGAGCUCCUCACAAUGUGCAUUAGAACCUGCAGCAAGUCAGAUAGAGCUCCACCUCCUUUCCUGGCUGGUGGCGGUCCACUAUCAUCUAGCC